AUGCCCAGGCAAAAGAAAUACUCGACGAAGGGUGGACUCCAGAGGGAAGACUCGGAUGAUGAGCUGGGAUAUGAUGACCACCCUUGGGAAUGGAUAUACGAGAACACCCAGCCUCUCGAGAAGGAGGAGAUACCUUCCAAGAAAAGAAAAUCCAGUGCUCUGAGCCAACCUUCGAAGAAGCGGACCAUCGUUGGAGCGCGUAUGGGCUCCUUUUCUGUACGGAUAGGAGACCCAAUCCUCUUGAAAUCACCCGAACAAGGCAAAGAUUGGGUCGGACUGAUCUGCUCAUUUUCAGAGGUCAAUGAAGACGGAGAAGACGAGAUGUGUGUUUAUAUUCAGUGGUUCUGCACUCCCGAGGAGUUGGCGUUCGGGAAGCGAUCCAAAGUAAGAUCGGACGUCCUACCCAACGAGUCCUACAUCACAGCGGAUUUCAACAUGAACCCGUUAACGGCGAUAAACGGAAAAGCAACAAUCUUAUCAAAAGACACUUUCUUCGAGAAGUAUCCGGGCGGAGCACCACCGAAAUCCAAGUCUGCCGCGAACCAAUAUGCAAAGACGAUUUUGUGUCGACGAGGAGUCAAGCAGAGAACCCUUCAGUUCACCGAGGACAUGGUCUGGGAAGAGAUUUAUAAGGGUCCUGAGGACUUGUUAGACCUCAUAGACUGGGUCAAGGAACAGACCAGAGGGAAGAAAAAGCAAAUAGCCACAAAGGAGGAAGAUCGAGAAUAUGAGCCAAAAAAGGAUGUUGACGAUGAGCCGAAAACUCCACACAAACGACGAAAGAUGAUUGCCACUGUACCAGCUUCCAGGUCUUCAGCCAAGGCAUCCAAAUACACCACUCCGACUCAUAAGCGGAUUAUGAUCAAGAAGCCCAUUGAGAUAACACCUCUGGGAAGUCGAAUUCUCUCCCCGUCUCCGUAUAUGUCAACGCCGUACUCCCACGCACGCACAACCUUGCACGUCUCUGCCGUUCCAGCGUCGCUCCCUUGUCGUUCAACCGAAUUCAACGCAGUCUAUUCUCAUCUUUGCUCAGCAAUUGCCGACGGAUCAGGCGCCUGCAUCUACAUCUCAGGAACACCAGGCACGGGAAAGACAGCGACAGUUCGCGAAGUGAUAGCCUCUCUGCGCCAAACCGUGUUGAAUGAAGAACUCGAUGAUUUCAAUUUCGUCGAGAUUAACGGGAUGAAAGUUACGGAACCACACCAGUCUUACUCGCUCCUGUGGGAGGCGCUGAAAGGUGACCGGGUCAGCCCCAACCACGCCCUGAGCCUGUUAGAGCAGGAGUUUUCACAUCCUUCUCCACGCCGCAUCCCGUGUGUCGUUCUGAUGGAUGAACUCGACCAACUUGUCACCAAGAACCAAAGCGUCAUGUAUAAUUUUUUCAACUGGCCAGCGAUGCGGCAUUCGCGGCUUAUUGUGCUCGCUGUCGCGAAUACGAUGGACUUGCCCGAGCGAACUUUGUCGAAUAAGAUCAGCUCCAGGCUGGGAUUGACUAGAAUUACGUUUCCGGGAUACACGCACAUGCAGCUAAUGGAGAUUAUUUCGUCAAGGUUGAAGGCCGUGCCGGGGAAUAUUGUCGAUCAGGACGCUGUACAGUUCGCCAGCCGAAAGGUCGCAGCCGUGUCCGGUGAUGCACGUCGCGCUCUCGAUAUCUGUCGUCGCGCCGUGGAGAUCGCAGAGCAAUCCGAGCAAAAGCUGAACGUGGCUUCUGCGGACGGCGAGAACAACAAAGAUGAACUUCAGACAACCACACCCACGCGCAAAGGGAGGAAUACUCCAAUAGAUGCUACGCAAUCUGCUCCCCAGCCAAAUGAGCCUGCCAAACGAUUAGCCCGAGUGACCAUCGCAACAGUCAAACAAGCCAUCAACGAAGCAACUUCUUCGCCCAUAGCACAACACCUGCGUUCCUUGCCAUUAGCCUCGAAACUCUUCCUAGCGGCGGUCCUCGCACGUGCCCGCCGCACGGGCGUUGCAGAAUCCACACUCGGCGACGUCGUGGUCGAAGCCAAACGAAUUGCCGAUGUCGCCGAAAACCACGCGAUCCACGACUUCCUUCUUGUCGACAACACGGCCGGCAAAGGCACGACGAUGCCGCGGGUUGUCGCUCUGGGUGCCGCCGCGAUGGAGCUUGUCGAGGCAGGCAUAGUAUCGAUGGAAGCGAGAGGAAGAGGCGAAAGGGCGGGAAAGAUCAGACUGAGGGUUGGGGAGGAGGAGGUCAAGAGUGCGCUGAUGGGCGAUAGUGAAGUCAAGGGGUUAGGUUUCAAUGCUUGA